GCCGCGUACGCGCGGGAGAGGGCUGCGCGCGCGAGGCAGCGAGCAGCCAGGAGUGGAAGGCGGGGUCGUCACGGCCGCAGCCUCCGCCUCUCCUGCUGCUUCUGCCGCAGCCCUAGGCGGCCGCCGGGCUCGUCUCCCGCCUCUGCCUGGGCGCUGCUGAGCCGCGGCGCGCCAGGCUGCUGCAGCAUGCCGAACCCCAGCGGCCUCGACAAGGCGCUGAAGAUGUCCUUGCAGAGGAAAACCAAGAUCCACUCGGCCGCUGGACCCAUUUGCUCCUCUUCGGGCUACAAGAAGGCAGAUGAUGAGAUGUCCGGGGCCACGUCCUCUGCGGACCAGGAGGAGGCAGCAGCCCGCACCAUUUACUUGAACCAGCCCCAGCAGAGCAAGUUCCACGACAACCGGGUCAGCACAGCCAAGUACAGCGUGGUGACAUUUCUACCUCGAUUCUUGUAUGAGCAGAUCAGAAAAGCGGCUAAUGCUUUCUUCCUCUUCAUUGCCUUACUACAGCAAAUUCCAGAUGUCUCACCAACUGGAAGAUAUACCACCUUGGUGCCACUGCUAUUUAUUCUCACGGUUGCUGGCAUCAAGGAGAUUAUUGAAGACUAUAAAAGACACAAGGCUGACAGUACGGUGAACAAAAAGAAAACAGUGGUUUUAAGAAAUGGGACGUGGCAGAAUAUUAUGUGGAAAGAGGUGGCAGUGGGAGACUUUGUGAAGGUCACCAAUGGGCAGCACCUCCCAGCAGACAUGAUCAUUUUAUCUACCAGUGAACCUCAGGCGAUGUGCUAUAUUGAAACAUCUAAUCUCGAUGGGGAGACUAACCUUAAAAUACGGCAGGGUUUGACCCAGACUGCUUGCCUCCAGUCAAAAGAAGAAGUGAUGAAAACAUCUGGGAAGAUAGAGUGCGAAGGGCCCAACCGUCACUUGUACGACUUCACUGGAAACCUGCGUUUAGAUGGCCAAAGUCCAGUUCCGAUUGGACCUGACCAGAUCUUACUAAGAGGUGCACAGAUAAGGAACACUCAGUGGGUUUUAGGAAUUGUUGUCUACACAGGACAUGAUACGAAACUUAUGCAGAAUUCAACCAAAGCUCCCUUGAAGAGAUCGAAUGUGGAGAAAGUGACCAAUAUGCAGAUUCUCAUUUUGUUUUGCAUCCUGCUCGUUAUGGCUCUAGUGAGUUCUGUGGGUGCCUUACUAUGGAACAGAACACAUGGAGAAGUCAUUUGGUACUUUGGCUCAAACAAAACAAUCCCAGGCAAUUUUGGAUACAACCUGCUCACCUUCAUAAUCUUGUACAACAACCUCAUUCCCAUCAGUCUGUUGGUGACUCUGGAAGUCGUGAAGUUUACUCAGGCUCUUUUUAUAAACUGGGACAUAGAUAUGUAUUAUCAUGAAACAGAUACACCUGCAAUGGCCAGGACUUCAAACCUUAAUGAGGAACUCGGCCAGGUAAAAUACCUGUUUUCUGAUAAAACGGGCACCUUAACAUGCAAUAUUAUGAACUUUAAGAAAUGCAGCAUUGCGGGAGUAACAUAUGGUCACUUUCCAGAAUUAGCAAGAGAAUGUUCAUCAGAAGACUUCAGUCAACUUCCUCCUUCCACCAGCGAAUCUUGCGAAUUUGAUGACCCAAGGCUGCUGCAAAAUAUUGAGAGCGAUCACCCCACAGCUACUCACAUCCGGGAAUUCCUCACUCUCUUGGCCGUGUGUCACACCGUUGUCCCAGAAAGAGACGGAAACACAAUCAUCUACCAGGCCUCUUCUCCAGAUGAAGGAGCCUUAGUCAAAGGAGCAAAAAAGCUUGGCUACGUCUUCACCGGACGGACUCCAGAUUCUGUUAUCAUCGACGCGCUAGGAAAAGAAGAGACAUAUGAGAUCCUCAAUGUAUUGGAAUUUUCAAGUGACAGAAAACGAAUGUCUGUAAUUGUCAGGACUCCGGAAGGGCGUCUGCGUUUGUACUGCAAAGGAGCCGAUAACGUCAUUUUCGAGAGACUCUCCAAAAAUUCCCUGUAUUUGGAGCAAACACUGUGUCAUCUUGACUAUUUUGCUACAGAAGGUUUGAGGACUCUGUGCAUUGCAUAUGCAGACCUAUCGGAAAACGCUUACCGGGAUUGGCUGACCAUCUAUAAUGAAGCCAGCACAAACCUGAAGGACAGAAAUCAGAAGCUGGAGGAGUGCUAUGAGAUCAUUGAGAAGGAUUUACUGCUUCUUGGUGCUACGGCCAUUGAGGACCGCCUUCAGGCAGGUGUUCCAGAAACGAUAUCCACGUUAAUAAAAGCAGAAAUCAAGAUUUGGGUCCUAACAGGAGACAAACAAGAAACAGCUCUGAACAUAGGAUAUUCCUGCAGGCUCGUGUCCCAGAGUAUGACUCUCAUCCUUGUGAAUGAAGAUUCUCUGGACGCAACGAGAGCUACACUGACUCAGCACUGUGCAAACCUGGGUGAUUCGCUGGGCAAAGAGAAUGACAUCGCUUUGAUUAUCGAUGGUCAGACGCUGAAGUACGCUCUUUCCUUUGAGGUGCGGCAGUCCUUUCUGGAUCUAGCGCUAUCGUGCAAAUCUGUCAUCUGUUGCAGGGUGUCUCCUCUGCAGAAGUCUGAAAUAGUAGACAUGGUAAAGAAGCAUGUGAAUGCCAUCACUCUGGCCAUUGGGGAUGGUGCCAAUGACGUGGGAAUGAUCCAGACGGCUCACGUUGGAGUGGGGAUCAGCGGCAACGAAGGCAUGCAGGCGACCAACUCCUCCGAUUACGCGAUAGCCCAGUUUUCCUACUUGGAGAAGCUGUUACUUGUCCACGGAGCCUGGAGUUACAAUCGAGUAACAAAAUGCAUAUUGUACUGCUUUUAUAAGAACGUGGUGCUGUAUAUUAUAGAGCUUUGGUUUGCAUUCGUUAAUGGAUUUUCUGGGCAGAUUUUAUUUGAGCGGUGGUGCAUUGGCCUCUACAAUGUGAUUUUCACGGCAUUGCCUCCCUUCACCUUGGGAAUCUUUGAGCGAUCGUGCACGCAAGACAACAUGCUUAGGUUUCCCCAGCUCUACAAAAUUACUCAAAAUGCUGAUGGGUUCAAUAGCAGGGUGUUCUGGGGUCACUGCAUCAAUGCUUUGAUCCACUCCAUCAUUCUCUUUUGGUUUCCAUUAAAAGCCCUGGAACAUGACGCGGUAUUUGCAAGUGGCCAGAGUGUAGACUACCUGUUUGUUGGAAAUAUAGUUUAUACGUAUGUUGUGGUGACCGUCUGUCUGAAAGCUGGCUUAGAAACCACAGCAUGGACAAAAUUCAGUCACUUGGCUGUUUGGGGAAGCAUGCUGCUCUGGCUGGUCUUCUUCGGAGUCUACUCCACCAUCUGGCCCAUCAUUCCGAUUGCACCAGACAUGCUGGGGCAGGCAGGAAUGGUGCUGAGGUGUGGAUACUUCUGGCUCGGUUUAUUUCUGGUGCCCACAGCGUGCCUUGUUAAAGAUGUGGCGUGGAGAGCCAUGAACGAACGGGACCACUUGUUGAAAAGGCUUGGCAGAAAAACCCCUCCAAGUCUCUUCCGUGCUCAUUCUGUCCAGCAAGGUGUCUCACACGGGUAUGCGUUUUCUCAAGAGGAGCACGGGGUCGUUUCCCAGUCUCAAGUCGUCCGAUCCUACGACACGACGAAACAGAGACCUGGCGUCGAAUAACGGCGGUCCUUUUGCUCGGCUGGUGGCUGGAGUAAUAAGAUCGGGAUCAAUGCGUCCACUGUUAAUACAUCCUCGACUAAGGUUGGCAACAGCAGCGUAAACACCAGAAAAGAAAACCCUUUUUACUGUGGCCUUAGCCAACGAGUUUGUUAUGUACGCUUCUCGCAGACCUUGAGCACACAUCGUAGGGCAAAUCCCUCAUCUGAAGCCGGCUGCCUUGCUCUGCCUCACAUUUGUUUACCUUGUUUAUGCAGCAAUUUGGCUGUGCUCCACGAGGUGUGAAAUUGAAAACCAUUUUGUUUUUGCCGCGGUUUUAAAAAGAAAGGGAAGCGGAGGGGUGGGGGUUGGGGGGGGAGAAGAAGUAGUAGUUCUGGGGGAAGAAGUAACAGAGGUUGUAUGUUCUGUGAGAGAUCAGCCAAAUUUGGAUAGGAGCGCUGGCAUUUCCUGUUUUGCCAUGCCCAGAUCCAAGCGCGCAAAGGGUGCAUGUAUGAAACCUUUGUAAUGUUCACUGUUUAUUUGACUGAAAGGCUUGCGGAGAGAGCUGGGAGGCCAGGAAAACAAAUGCAUCAUGGAGAGAGAGAGAGAGUGCGGGAGGGCAGGAAUGAUGGCCCCAGCAACAAACGUGGCCAGCUCUCUUCAGGAGAUACAAGCCAGCAUCAUAUAAAAUAGGUCGCAGAGACAUUGGCUAUGUAUGCAGCAGCUUAGUGGGGGGGGGGACACACCACUUACCAUAAGGCCUGCAGCACGCCCGAGCCACAAGUCUCUCCUGGGAGUGACAUAGUGGCUUGGGCACAUGCAGGCACCGUGCUGCCCAAAAGGGUAGCAUGGGGCUCACAUCCGCCCACCGCUGUGUCCUCAUCUGGAUGGCAGCUAUGGCGGGGAGGCAGCGAGCAGACUCCAUGCAGGCCCCAGCCAGAGCACCCUGCCCGGCUCGCCUGUCCCCACAGGUGGCUCACCCCGGGCGCCCGAUCGGCUAGCUACAUCGCUCUGUGUAUGCACACCUACAGAAUCCCCCUUGUGCCGCAAUAUCUAUCCAUCACCCUGGUCGUCUGCAUGGAGGUACGUGGGUGAUUUCUGCAUGGCGUUCUGCUCAAGAGGCAGCUCGAAACAGCAGUUUAGAAUGCAGCCUUUUCUCUGGACACCCAAAGCACCAGCAAUUCUAGUUGCUCUGCAUAUAUUUCCUGCGAUCCACAGAAAUCUUCUCCCAUCAUAUGCAAAGAAUGCAAAGGGAACAACCCAGCUUCCAAAGUGUGGGCUAGAUACAUGCCAUACAUUUAAAGCACAUGACUUGUGCCCCGCCCCCUGCAAAGGAUCCUGGGAACUGUUGCUGGUUAAGGGUUCCAGGAAUUGUAACCCUGUGUGGGGUAAACUACAGUUCCCAGGGUUCUUUGGGGGAAGCUACAUGCUUUAAAUGUGCCACAGAUGUAUGCUGUGUAGGCAGCCGUGGAUUUCGGCAUUUUGUUCCACUUUGCUCGCGCUCUUCAUACUGGCCUUUCUGAGAAGGUCCAAACAGCUGGUGCCUUAACAUCCUCUGCUUGUAGAACCAAUGAGCACUUCUGGGAGGAGAGGGGAGCAAGAGCCCAUUUUGGACGAACCUAUGCUCCCUGCAGCAGAAUCUUUUCUCCACCAGAUUGGUAAAAUAUUGCAGAUCCUUCAUUUGUUAUUACGUUGAGGUACCUCUUUUCCUCCAAGGAACUGAGGGCAGCAUACAUGGUUCUGUCCUCACAACAACCCUGUGAAUUAGGCUUGUUGUAAAGGGGAAGCCAAUGUGGGGAGAAAGGAUCUCCCAGAAAGAAAGAAAGAAAGAAAGAAAGAAAGAAAGAAAGAAAGAAAGAAAGGGUAGAGGAAAUGUACAAAUCAGAUACGAAUGAACCUGAUGCUGACCUAAGUUUCUCAUUUUCUGUUCAGCCCUAAGAGAAAUGGCUCAAGAAAAUCUUGAACAAGAAAAUCUCCAUCCUGGCAUAGCUACUUCAGGGAAAUAUUUUUCACAAAUAGCCAGAGAUUAUAUCUUACAAACAGCAUUGGCUUUAAGGUUGCCAGCUUUUUUUCUGGCAGGGCUCCUGUGCUUUAACAGCAGGACCACAGGGAGAAAUUCGGCAAAGGAGGUAGUAAUUGGGGGGGACGUGCCAGAUUUCCCUAUGUUGUGCAGCUGUUGAAAGCACAGAAACACACACACCCGCUGCCAGAGUGGGGGGGGGGAACGUUGACAUGCCUAGUUAGCAUUACAGUUGGCAAAGCACUGGUUCACCGGGCCACCAGAGGCUAGUUCCCACAGCCCUUGCUGCCUGGAGCAUGCAGCAUUUUGGUUUCCAGGUGUAUUUCUGAAAUGACAAGAAACACAGAGAACUCUUGCUUUGUUGAUGCCCCAUCCAGUCUUCUUCUAGAGCAGGAGCAGGGAACCUCUCGCCCUCUGGCUGUUGUUGGGCUGCUGUUCCCAUCAUCCCUAAAUCCAUUGGCCAUUCUGGCUGGGAGUUUGAGUCCAACAGCAUCUGGAGGGCAACAGGUCCUGGAAGAAGCACGAGCCCUUGGAUUCACCAAGUGCUGUUCUUCAAACAAUCCUUAUUCGUUCUUGUAGCCAGACUACGUUUCUGAACAGCAUAAUGUAAACACUGUUGCUUGUCUUGAGCCACAUUUCUCGGUUACCCCAUGCGCUGUGCAUAGGUCCUUAAAAUGCCGGCUUGGGGUUUGUUUUUGCCCUUUCCUUGACCGCCCUCUGGAGCUUAAAUAUUGAUUUAAGUGUAUCCGAAAAGCUAUCCGCAUAUGAAUAUUUAUACUCAUCAAGCCAAAGCAAAACAGCCUCUUGGCUCCCUCCCUGGCCGAAUCAUUCGAAAAGAUGAAUUCCAGUGCUUGAGUGCCACCAUCCAGUCCCUUCUUGGUGCCACCUCUGGCCUCCCCUCCCCACACGGAACCCAGAGCUUAAUGAUCCAGCAGCCUCCUGCAUGGUUUUGCUUCAACCAUAAAUGGAGGGGGGAGGUAGAAAUCUCUCCAUCCUGCUAGUUUGCAUUGCUAAUGGGGCAGGGGAGAAGGAGGGAGACAGACACAUUUAUGCAAAAAGGGAAAGUUGAAAGAAAAAAUGCCAAUAGUUGUGGAUGUCAAGGGGCCAAAUGUGAGUGUGAGAUUGUGUUUCCAUGUGUUUUUGUAAGCGUACGACGAGGAGAAGCAGUGUGACGAAGAUUCCAAGGGAAGUGAACAAUCUGGUCAAGGUGGAAACAAGCUAACUAGGACUUCCUAUUGAACUCAUUGGGACUUGCUUCUGAGUAGCGCUUCAUAGACUCACGCUUCAGAAUCACUCUAGCAUUUUCUAAUUUACAGAAUAGCUUAUGGGUCUCUUAUUCUCUAAUUAGUGCUAAGGGAUGAUGAGAGUUGUAGUCCAGCAACAUCUAGAGAGACACAAGUUUGCCAUCCCUGAAUCAGGGGCCAGCAAAGAUCAAGUGUUGUAAAGCCCCACUAAUUUCAGUGCAUGCAGAGAAUGAUUUUGCAGUUGAGAUGGACAGGAUUUAAAUGCAGCUAAGCUUUGGCUGACUCAUGCCCUAAGUCAGCAUGGAGACUGCAGGCCUGGUAGCACCAGGCAGUGUGGUUGGCCAACGGCCUGGCACCACCUCCUUUCCGCUGCCUCCAUCCACAUUGCCCAUCUGUGGAUAAGGAGAUGCUUGGAGGAUGGAGCAUGGGGGGGAGGGGGGGUGCGAGCACCCAUCACUCAUGAGACGAGGGCAUACUGAGGACCCAUGCCAAGGUGGGGCCAGUUCCCCAUUAGUAAGUUUCACUUUCUACAAGGGAAAGCACAAUACCAGAUGAGCACCUAAAAUCUAAGAGAGCCUCUGCCAACCUGGCGACUUCCAGGUGUUUCGGAUUACGACUCCCAUCAUCUCAGACCAUUGGCCAUGCUGGCUAGGACUGAAGGGAGCUGUAGGCCCAAACACCAGGUUGCAGAAAGCUGAUCUACAACUAAUUCCAGAUACUCAGCUAUUUCCAUGCAAUAUUCUUCAAUACAAUAGCCCCCUCCCCCUUUCAUUAGACUGGAUACGAUGAGCAUUUCUGGCUCAUACAGUGAGACAAGGGUGUGAGAGAAAGAGAGAUAGCACAGAAAGAAAUUAUUUUACUCAAACUGGAGGCAGAGGAUAGCUGAAGGCAGUGAAACAAGGAUCUCUGCUUGUCUCUGGUAUGUAGGACAUGCAGGGCUUUCUAUUUUGUUUCUGCAAUAACAACGCUGAUUCCGAUUAUAAGGAUACUUAGCUUUUGAAUGGUGCUGUUGAUUUUUCAGAGUAUUCACAUGACGUAUCUUGUCACAAGAACCCUGCGAGGUCAGGGGUGAAGCACACGUGUUGCAUGCAGAAUGUCCCAGCUCCAGUCUAUGACACCCCCAGGUAGGACAGGGAAAGGCUCCUGCCUAACAUCCUCAAGCGCCACUGCCAGUCAGUGUAGUGCAAGGUGGACAAAUGGUCUGGCUCAGUACAAGAAAAUUACCUAUGUUCAUUAGAGAAGGUCAGUAUUAUUACCAUCCCAGCCAGGUGGGUGGGGAAUAAAUAAUAAAUUUUAUUUAUUUAUCAUCAUCAUCAUCCCCCAUAUUGCAGCUGAGGCUGAGAUGCAGCAUCCUACCUUGUGUGUUUGUGGCAGAUGUGAGAUUCAAACCAGGGAACUCCUGAUUUGUAGCCCAAUGGCUUGCUUCUCUGCUACGCAUGGAAAACCUGUUUGACCAGUGGAACCAAAGAAAUGUAUACUGUAUUUUCCGUCUCUAAGAUGCCCCCAUGUAUAAGACGCCCCCUGUUUUGGGGGACUCAGAUUUAAGAAAAUGGGAGGGGGAGAUGGCCCAGGGUAUAAGACGCCCCCUAAUCUUUGACAUCAUUUUUUAAGGAAAGGAACCUAGUCUUAUACACAGAAAAAUACGGUAAGUGUAUGGGCAAUCGGAAGCAAUGUGGCCCCUCUCUCAAACCCUUUCCAACUCUCUUAAAAAGUACUUUCUCCAUCCUGCCCCAGAUAUUCGCUUAAUCAGGCAAAGUGAGCAGGGUUGGGAAGGAGGGGCUGUCUAUUGACAAGAUUUAUUUUCCUACCAGAGGCGAUGGGGUGCUGUCAUUCUGACCUGUCUCUGAACUGAGGUCAGCCAGUGUCACAUUCAAGCUCUCUGCAGAGUAACUAGUGAGAUACUUGUGUUAGGUGCAUGCUCAACUGAAAUUACACUCAGUUCUUGUCAUGCGGCUAUAUAGUAUGUGACAUUAGGCCCAGCAGGUCAAACCUUUGUCAGCAUGGGAGGAGACCUUAAUCUGGAUCUGGGUUAAUCCUGCAAAACCCGCCCAGGUCAUGACCUGGCAUUCUUCACGUCCCCUGAAAUCAUUCCAAACACAAACCUAUCCUAUCAUCGCCUUCCUUGACUUCUCGUCUUAGUGAACAAGCCAAUUGUGAACGAGAGAGCGCAUCCUGGCCACAUUAUCGGCCAAAGGGAAAUCAACCCCUUGUACAAACAUAUUCCGCAUUCAUUGGCCGAGAGUCACCUUUGAAAAUGUUGCAGAAAAUUGUUAUCAGCUCAACAGGGUAGCGAAGCUGAAUAAGAUAAAGCUUUCUGCUUGGCAGUCUAGAUUAAGGAUUCCAUGCUGAUAAUUUUUUAAAAAAUAAAAAUGUUGAGAAGAAAGGAAAGGUCUCCUUAGCAGCUCUCUGCAUUGACCAACCUGCCAGCUUUACUUGAACAGUCAGGGGAGAAGCCAAAUGCCUGCCUUCCCUUGUUAAAAAACAGAUACGGCUUGUUCCUUUGGACAAAUAUAUGAUGCUGUGCCAGGGCCAGCAUGCAAGAGAUGCCAUUCCUUUAACAAGUGUCUUGUCACAAAUUAAAAAACAUGGAGCAGCGUUUUGAGUCAAGCUCUGCUGAGAAAUCCAUUGACGUUUUCUGUUUCUUGACAGGGCUCCUGGUCUUGCUGUAGGGAGCUACCAAGGGAAGUCAGUAAUAACUUGUCAAGAAGAAACAGUGAAUUGCUAAUAAAACUAUUGGAGUCAAGGCCGGUUGCUAGAGGAAUCUUUUUUUUAAUAUGCCAGCAGAGCAAAUGUGAAGUAUAUGGACUGUAAAUUAAGAUAACAGUCUAGCCUUGCUAAUCUGCACUUUGCAGACCACACACUUUUUAAGGCACAAAAAAGAAAAUCUAUACUUUCUCUCUAGUUCACAGCCAACUGUUUUAAACAGCAGAUGCUGGAGCAAAGUCUCCAGUUACUGUGGUUACAUUAUUUUUAGAACAAGCAGGGCUGUGUUUACCAGCGGAUGAUUGGUUGUUAUCCUAAAUAAUUAAAACCAAAGUAAGUUUGACAAAAUAGUGCGGUUCGCCUUGCAUUAUUUGUGGUUCUUUGCUUCCAGCAACAGAAUCCCCUGAGCACAAAGCUGGCAGAGAGUUGUUGGGAUGCCCCACACAGAACUGAGAUUUGCUCUGCGGUUCUUACACUGGGAAGUAGACAGAUCACUUCAAGGAAGCGCAGACAUAGCAGAAGCAGGAAAGAGCACAGGCAGAGUGGGAAGAGAAAGGUGGAAACUGGAGGAGGGCAGUCCAAGAAAGACAAAACAUAAUAAAGUCCUAUAAAGACAGAGAAACAUAUUGGGAGAAAAACUGUCAGAGGAGGAUUUCUGAAAGUAUGCUACGUGUGGCUUGAAAUUGCCACCAGGAUCUGCAAAUAUUAGUUAUCCUAUUUACAGCCCUGUCACUUUGCACCACAUAGAGUGUGAUUUGCUUGAGUGUAUUUACAUAGGAAAGCAGGGCAAACAUCUAAAGCAUGGCCCACAAUUUAGAACUCAAAAUGUGAUGGAUCGGGGUUCCCAAACUGCAGUCCACCAGCUUCAUCCACGUAGACUGUGGCACGUGCAUGUUAAAUAUGCAUAUCGAUUUUGAAUAGUAUUUGUAUUGCUUCUUGUAUUUUACAGAAGCACAUGGAAUGCACAUUGCAGAACAUUAAAAUACAACAUAAGAAAUAAAAGAAGCAACAAAAAUUCAAUUAAAAACCAUACAGAAUCUAGCACAGUGCAUUGUGAUGGCUACAGCCGGGGGGGGGGCAUUAGCAAUUUUCAAGUGGUCCAUGGCGGGGGGGGGCAGGUUUGGGAACCACCCUAACAGAUGAACAGCAGCAUCUAUAGUGCAAUCCUACCCAUGUCUACUCAGAAGUAAGACCCACCGAUUUCAGUGCUGCUUAUCCUCCCUUGUAAGAGGGUAAAGGAUUGGAGCCUCAGGCAACACUACCAUGUCGGUGGUUGGCUAAGCCACCUCUCCCUGAACACCCAGACUUCUCAUCAACAUCACUUCUUUUUGGUCUGGAUUUAGGUUCAGCCUGUUCAUUGUUGCUCAUCUCCCUAACCACUGGCCCCAAACAUUCACUAGAACGUAUCUGCAUGAUUCCAUCCCUCUUUUCGUUCCACUUUAAUGACAUUUACACAUGGCCUCUCUAGCAUGAGCAAGAGUGGGUAUUUUGAGAGUGAGGGGGGUGACACAUGUGAAAAUGGUCCCAGUUACGUUUGAGGAGGCAUGAACAGGAGAGAAAGAGAAACCUAAAAUCCACUGUUCUUAUGUAGUCUUUCACAAACUGUAAUACUUUGUAAUGUUUCUGUGUAAAGGAGCAAGAGCAUAACUGUAUAAUUUCCAUACAUACCUGGCUUUACUGCACUUAUCAUUCAUGUAAAUAAAAAGCCUUACCUUUAUUUUAAAAAAAAAAAGUACUCUGAGGAACUAUUGUCUUCUCUUUCAGCUUAAGGCUCAUGUAUCUGAACUUGAAACUUACAUUUAGCUUAUGGUGGAAGAUACUUGCUCCUGAAUGCCUGCAGACUGUUCCACAUUCUUUCCUCUUCUAAAUGCAUCAGGGCUUUUUUUUUU